AUGGGCUCAGCUCCACGACUCUUCUCGUCUGCAUGGUCUGCCUACAGCUCUGCUCUGCGCUCCCAUCCCCUCACUACCAAUAUCGUGACGAGCGGCUGCAUCACAGUUGCCUCAGACACCAUCGCACAGACUGUGAGCAAGGGCGACGAGUGCCGGCCGUUCCCGCACUACAUCGACCCGAAGAGGACCCUCACCAUGCUGGGCUGGGGAACAGCAGUAUCGGGGUUCGGGAUGUUCCACUGGUUCAAGUUCCUUGAGCGGCUGAUCCCUUCGGAGAACAUCACUCCAGGCAAGAUCGCAGCUAAGGUGCUCAUUAACCAGAUCGGUCUGGCUCCAACCUUGAACGGAGGCUUCUUCGGCGUGUCGACGGCCAGGCAUCACGACCUCGGGACAGCGGAGGGACGGGGAAGGUGA